AUGCAGACACAGAAGGUCAAGACCAAGGACACGUUACGUAAGAGCCGAGCCGUACCAGGCCGUUCAGACUAUCUCCUCUGGAUGUGGGACCCCACCCCAGCGCUGCAGAGAGCCGUGUAUAAAAGGAGCCAGAACACUCAUGAACAUCGGCCUCCUGCAAAAGUCCCAAGAAAGCUGCAAGAACUCAACAUCAACAUGACAAAGCUCACAGUUCUCGCAGGCUUGUGUCUUGUGAUGGGCCAGUUGGCGUCUGCAUCCCAGAUGAUCUGCUACUUCACCAACUGGUCCCAGUACAGACCUGGCACCGGGAAAUACAUGCCCCAGAACGUGGACCCCUUCCUCUGCACACACCUCAUCUACGCUUUCUCCAUCAUCAAUCCCAGAAACGAGUUGGUGACUUACGAAUGGAACGACGAGACCCUGUACAAAACCUUCAAUGGCCUCAAGAGCAAGAACACCGGUCUGAAGACUUUGCUCGCUGUGGGAGGAUGGAACUUUGGGUCAACACAGUUCUCCAUCAUGGUCUCCACUCCAGCCAAUCGUCAGACUUUCAUCCAGUCUUCCAUCCGAUUCCUGAGGACCCAUGGCUUUGAUGGUCUGGACUUGGACUGGGAGUACCCUGGAUCCCGAGGAAGUCCCCCAAUAGAUAAACAGAGGUUCACUCUUUUGUGCAAGGAACUGGUAGAAGCCUACGCAGCAGAGGCUAAGAUAUCAGGCAGGCCUCAGCUCAUGCUCACAGCUGCAGUGUCCGCUGGAAAGGGAACCAUCGACGCUGGAUAUGAGAUCGCAGAGAUUGCUAAGUACUUGGACUUCAUUAAUGUGAUGACGUAUGACUUCCACGGAGCCUGGGAGAGAUUCACUGGACACAACAGCCCACUGUACCGCGGCUCUCAUGACAGCGGGGAUCUCAUUUACUUCAACACAGAUUAUGCCAUGAAAUACUGGAGAGACCAAGGAACCCCCUCUGACAAGCUGAGGAUGGGAUUUGCAGCUUACGGUCGCACUUUCCGACUGACCUCCUCCAGCACGAGUGUCGGAGCGCCCGCUAGUGGUGCCGCAUCCGCCGGACCUUUCACUCGGGAGGCCGGAUUCUGGUCCUACUAUGAGAUUUGCACGUUCUUGAAGGGGACAAGUAUCCAAUGGAUCGCUGACCAGAAGGUUCCAUAUGCCAGCAAGAACAGUGAAUGGGUGGGAUUUGACACCAAAGAGAGCUACGAAACAAAGGUGCAAUAUAUGAAUGACAACAAUUUCGGAGGUGUGUUCGUCUGGGCCUUGGAUUUGGACGACUUCAACGGAGAGUUCUGCGGACAAGGAAAACACCCACUGAUGGGCCAUCUCAGCAAACUUGUGACCGGUGGGGUGCCUCCUCAGCCUGGAACUACUACCAACAGACCAGGCGUUUCGACCACAACCGGCAGACCAGGCGUUUCGACCACAACCGGCAGACCGACCACCACCCCCAGACCCGGCCCAACCACCACCACCACCCUCCCUCCGCCCGGGCCAAACUUCUGCAAGGGCCUGGCUGAUGGAAUUUACGCCCACCCGACCGACCAGACCAAGUUCUUUGAGUGUGCCGGCGGGAAAACCUUUGUGAAGAGCUGCGGCGGAGGCACAGUGUUCGACAACGCCUGCAAAUGCUGCACUUGGCCCAAGAAUUAA